GAGAGGGUUGGCACAAGAAUAGGAAAAGAGAGGGAGAGAGUUCAGUGUGUGUCUCCUGGGGAGAAGCACACAGUCAAUAUUCAGGUCUCCAGUAAACAUUUAUGACCCUCCUCUAUAAAGCUGCUGUGCUACUGCAUGGACCCACGGAGCAGAGGCAAAAAUAUCAACUUCAAUUCCACUUUAAUUAUCGCCUAGUCAAGGACACACAGUAGAUCUCCAGCAUAAACCAGUAGCUAGUUACACUGACAGCAGCUUGCAAGGCGUUGAAAGUCUUUCUUUAGAUGCUGAAAAGAGUCCAGACAAAGUGACCAGAGAUCAACCAACUGAACAGAAAAUGACAGCGGCAGCAGCUCAGGAACUUGAUGAGCUAUGUUUCCUGUCGGCGCAGUCCAUGCCCACUCUGAAAGUGUCCGAACACUUCCAGAUGGUAAAGCUCCUGGGAGAGGGAUCCUACGGAAAGGUCAUGUUGGCUGUUCACAGAAAGCGAGGAACUCCUAUGGCUCUGAAGUUCUUCCCUCGUCAGUCAACUUCCCUCUCCUCUUUCCUGCGUGAAUACAAUCUCUCCCUGUCUUACUGCACCCAUCCUUCUCUCACUCGGGCUCUUGGCAUCUUCUUUUCCACACCAACCUACUAUGUGUUUGCCCAGCAAGCCGGCCUGUAUGGUGACCUCUACAGUGUAAUAGUGUCAGAGGUUGGGGUGGAUGAAGAGUGUGUUCAGAGGGUGAUGGCCCAGCUGAGUGGUGCUGUUUCACACCUCCACUCCCUGGGCUUCGUCCACCGUGACAUCAAACCUGAGAAUAUCUUCCUGUGUGACAGUUCCUGUCGCUGGGUCAAACUGGGAGACUUCGGCCUUGCCCGAGCCAUCGGCUCCACCGUUCGAGCUGUCUGGUACGAUUCGCCCUUCUGUACUCCUGAGGUGGAGCCAGCUAAGGAGGCUGAGAAGGAGAUGAAGAGGAGGUUGUGCGAGGGGACUGAAGAUGAGAUGGAGGACAUUUGGAUAACAGUGGAGCCCUGUAUUGACAGCUGGGCCCUUGGUGUACUCGUCUACUGCCUACUGACUGGAUGCUUCCCCUGGGAGGAGAGCACCCACGAUGACCGUGGUUACCAUAGAUACCACGAGUGGUUUAACCGUGAGGCGGAAAAGGAGGAGAAGAUCAGUGAGGAGGACACUGACAGUUACAUAAUCAUGGCGGAAAACCAAAGGGACAACCCUCCUCCAUCACAGUUUGAGGGCCUCAGCCCACUUGUGAUGACUCUUUUCAAGGAGCUGCUCCACCCUGAGCCCAGACAGCGAGGAAGCCCGGAGGAGCUCCUGAGCUACCUGGGAGGGCCGUGGCUGAUGGAGACAGAGAGAGUGGAGAAGAGGAAAGCAGAAGAGGCAGAGAAGGAGGCCAGAAAAAUAAGAGAGGGAGGAGGGGUGGAGGAAGAGCUGGUCAGGGAGGGAAGAGGGGAGAGAUAAACUUUGUCUUUAUAAAAUUGUUUCAAGACAAAUUUUUAAUGAAUGUAACAUUGUUGCAAUUUAUUUUUGAGUGUAAAUAUAGAUUUUACUCCUGUGCAAAUGUAUACACUAUAAGGUGCUGUAUAUUUCAUAUUUUUUAUAAAUAUCCUUACUAAAGUUACCGCUUCCAUUGUUGCAUAUAUUUCAGUGUGUGCGUAUUUGUAUGUAUGUGUGUCUUAAUGAGAAGAGACUUUAGUUAAUACAAGAAACAUUUGUUGCCUGAAACCUUGAGAUAUAUUAUAAUGGCUAUAAAAUAUGUUUUGGAAUUGUUGUCUCA